AUGCGUCUUACCAUUUCUUCGACCUUGCUGGCUUUUGCUGUCUCGGCUGCAGGUCUCGAGAUUUUAAGUCCGGUGAUCGACCAGAAAGUCCCUCUGGAUGAUUCUAUUACUGUCAAAUGGCAAGCAGUGUCGACCGACCCCUCCAAGAUGGAUAUCUACCUAGUGAACCAGAAUGUUUACCCCACCGCAAACGAAUUGGUUGCUUCGGGAGUCGAUACUAGCCUCGGAAAGUAUACGAUCAAAGCUAAAGAUGUCGGUGAUGUUGACACUGGUGGUGGCUACCAGGUCAACUUUAUAUCCAGGAAUAAUGGUGCAAUUUUGGCUCAGUCACCACAGUUCAAAUUCUUGGAGUACAAGUUCUUCGCACUCUUCCAAAACCCCUACUGCAUCACCAUCUUCCUCUGUUUCUUCUACAUCUGUCUCUUCCACGAAGACGCCAUCCUCUACCAUGUCUUCAUCUUCUAUCUCUCGCACUCGUUCUUCAUCCCGUACCGUUAG